AUGCCGGCCCCCAAAGACGACGUAAUCGUCACCCGCGUCGACCGCGACGUCCACAACAAACCCGUGAACGAAGCAACAGAGACAACAUCACUGCUGAGCGCAGGCGCCCCGGACGGUGAUGGCUCCUGCGCAGAUACAUGGCCGGGCUAUGCCGACUUCGAAGGCUUGCCGUGGUGGAGGACACCAUCUGUCUAUUGGCUCCUCGUUCCGUAUGCCCUCUUUACACUGGCCUUUGGAGGCUCCUUGGUGCCGAAGCUGAACCUUAUCAUCGACUUGGUCUGCCAGCGGCAUUUCGCUGAUCAGACAGUCCUCGACCCGGCUUUUGCUUAUACUCCCGUGUUCAUCGGCGCCGAAAAUCCGCAGUGCCUCAUCAAGGAAGUGAAGAAGCGUGUCUCUAUGUUCACCCUGGCCAUCAACCUCACCACCGGAAUCCUAUCCGCCGUCACCGCUCCGAAGCUGGGCCAGCUCUCGGACCGAUAUGGCCGCAGGAAGCUCCUCGCCCUGGCCUCCUGUGGCGGCGUUGUGGCCGAGAUCAUCGUCAUCCUGUGCGCGAACUUCCCUUGGACAUUCCACUACAACUGGCUUCUCCUCGGCGCCGUAGCCGACGGGCUUACGGGUUCUUUCACCGCCGGUAGCGUCCUCGUCAACUCGUACACGAGCGACUGCACCCCGCCAUCUCAGCGCGGCGUCCGCAUCGGCUACCUCCACGCCUGCCUCUUCACCGGUCUGGCCUUCGGGCCCCUCUUGACGGGCUACUUCGUCGCCUGGACCGGCAGUCUCCUCUCGGUUUUUUACGUCACGCUAGGAUGUCACGUCUUCUUCAUUCUCUUUGUUGGCUUCGCCAUCCCCGAGUCGCUCAGCGUCAAGCGCCAAAUCCGCGCUCGCAACAAGUACGAUCAGGAGCAAGAGGUCCUGGCCAAGGGUGCAUGGGAGACUAUCAAGGCCGCGAACCCGCUGGCCCCCCUCAGGAUUCUCUGGCCUACGGGCCAGGGCAGCUCGUCGCGGCUGCGCCUCAACAUCCUCGCCCUCUCCUUCACCGACAUGAUCCUCCUCGGGGCCGCCAUGAGCGCCGGCACCGUCAUCCUGCUAUACUCCGAGUCUCCGGAGACUUGGGGUUGGGGUAAUCUUGAGAGCUCGCGCUUCAUCUCGGCAGUGUCCAUGGUCCGCGUCGUGGCCCUUCUUGUCGUCCUCCCCCUCAUCAACUACGUCUUCCGCGUGAGGCCCGCCGCCUACCGGAGGAGGGUCUCGGGCGUCUCCAUCGUCGAGGCGAACAACGGCGCCGACACGGUCGACUGCUGGAUCCUGCGCUUCGCACUGUUGUCCGACGUCAUCGGCUCACUGGGUUACCUCUUCGCCAGGAAUGAGUCCGUCUUUGUGCUGUCCGGCAUGGUCACCGCCUUUGGCGGACUCGGCAGUGCCACCAUUCAAGCCGCCAUCACAAAACAUGUCCCGGCCGACCAGGUCGGGCAGCUUCUGGGGGCCAUCGGCGUCUUACACGCCCUCUCGAGGGUGCUGGGCCCCAUUGCAUUUAACACUCUUUACUACUCGACUGUCGGCGUGUUUGACCAGGCCAUCUUCGUCCUCCUCGCGUCCUUGUUUAGCUUGGCCUUGCUGGCCAGCUUCAUGGUGCGGCCCGGUGUGUAUCUCGAGGAGGUGUACACGCCUGUGCCUACGUCGGAGUCACAGCCCAGCUCCUACUCCAACUCCGAAGCGCUGGAGGUGUUGACGGAAGAGGAGAUGAUACCCAACAACUAA